UAUGGUGGUAGCACAGUCAGAUUUAGGUGAUCUUGGAGAUUUGGGAGAUCUUGGGGAUAUCUUAGAUGAUUUGGAUCUGGGUGACAUUGUUAUCAUUGGUACGGAGAUGCCCGACCAACCCAUGGAGCAAGAUCAAACUCUGACUUGCUAUGAGUGCGGUGAGGUCAGUGAACUCAGCAGAACUGACCAGUCACGGUCUUGUGCCAUGCCUUCUAAGGCCACAGUCAAUGGGACCGUCUGCGGGGCACCAACCUAUCGCCAUACCAAUCGUUGCGGCUGGAUGGAGGUUACUGUCUCAACUCCCAGAACACAUGAUGAAAUGUUGGAGUUGUACUGGAUCUUCAGAGGGUGUGUUUCUGUCCCUGAUUCGUCGGGUAUCGGUGAUGAUUGCUUCUCUGAUGCUGACCUAGUGGGAACGCUGGACAAACUGGGCAUGUCACUCUCAGAAAUUGUGGGGAGCAGCAGCAACAGUACCAUCACCGGCAAGGGUUGUUUCUGCAACAAAGACUACUGUAACGGAGCAUCGCGCGUCAGAUUCCUGACUCUUAGCGCAGUGUUGGCUAUGGCAGCGUUGGCGUUCGCCAUACUUGAUUAAUGUCGCCAUGACACAACUGUAGCCUUUAUUCGAGUCUGAUGUGUCGGUAUACAGUAUCUGAUAUUUGGCUAAUGAACACAGAACCGGGAUUUGUUUCUAACAUUUCUGUUUACCGUGCAUUUGAGGCAGCCGGUAAAUUUAUGUAACAUACAUUUUAUGUUUUGCACGUUUUCAUAGAUGCAUAAAUAGUGAAAUACGCUCAUUUGGUUAUACCGACCAAUGAACGACUUGAAUAAAGUCUGCCAGACAAACAUAAAUCGCUUAUUUCAAACCUUGUCAGAAGACAUGAUAUACACAUAACGUGGUAAUCAUAGUUAUAACGAGGUCAAACAAUAUGCCUCGGAGGACAUUGAUGCACACAUCAAGAAGGCACGACAGUUCUAACAUUUCUGAAAUUCAGCUGGUAAUGAAAAUGAUUUUUUUGCAGGCAUAUUGCGCUAUGUAAAUGCUGUUUUUAUUAUAUUAUUUCGUUUGAUUCUCACUGCUACCAAAAUUCAGCACAUAUUCUUCAUGCUUUAACCACUGAGAAAGGAAACAUUCAAAUUUGAAUUAUUUGAAAUGAAAUGGCUCGUUCUGUUUAGAUUGAAAUUGA